ACGCCCACUGGUUUGACACAUACCAAUAACUGGGCAGUCCUAGUAUGUGCGUCGAAGUAUUGGUUCAAUUAUCGUCAUAUGGCUAAUGCUCUCGGAAUGUACCGCACUGUGAAACGACUGGGAAUACCGGACUCAAAUAUCAUCCUUAUGUUGGCUGACGACGCUGCGUGUAACUCAAGGAAUAAGUUUCCUGCCAAUGUCUUCGCAAACCCCGGGCGGGAUCUUGACCUAUAUGGGGACAACAUCGAGGUGGAUUAUAGAGGUUACGAAGUAACGGUGGAGAACUUCAUUCGGGUUUUGACCGGCAGAAUGGAACCUUCUGUUCCCCGGUCUAAGCGUCUAUUAACGGACGACCGCUCAAACAUCUUCGUUUACAUGACUGGCCACGGGGGCAACGAAUUUCUCAAAUUUCAAGAUAGUGAAGAAAUCAGUGCACACGAUAUUGCAGACGCUUUCGAACAAAUGUAUCAGAAGAAAAGAUAUAAUGAGAUCUUCUUCAUGAUUGAUACUUGCCAAGCCACCAGCAUGUAUUCCAAACUGUACUCUCCUUAUAUCUUCGCUACGGGUUCGUCGCAAAUUGGAGAGAAUUCAUAUUCGUAUAAAAACGACAACGAUCUCGGCGUAUCUACCAUUGACAGUUACACCCAUCACGUCCUUGAAUUCAUGGAAGGAAUCAAUAAGACUAGUCGCAAGACUAUGGCUGACUUGUUCGAUUCAUACGAUGUGAAAGCAAUCAUGUCGCACCCUGGAGUCCGAGAUGACCUUUUCCACCGGCAUUUGAAUAAAACUCUGAUAACCGACUUCUUUGGGGGCGUGGCAAAUGUAGAGGUC